CCCCCCCCCCCUCCACUCUUCACAAUGGGUUCCGUCGCCAACAGUGGAACUUUCCUGUUCACCUCCGAGUCUGUCGGAGAGGGUCACCCCGAUAAGAUUGCUGACCAGGUCUCCGAUGCCAUCCUCGAUGCCUGCCUGUCCGAGGACCCCUCUCCAAGGUACGGAACCCCGCCGGAUUUUUGCGCUUCCCGCCCCCUGAUUGGCUGGCGCUUUUCCGACCGUCUCUCCUCCCAUGUCGCCUGUGAGACUGCCACCAAGACCGGUAUGAUCAUGGUCUUCGGUGAGAUCACCACCCAGGCCAAGCUGGACUACCAGAAGGUCAUCCGUGGUGCCAUCCAGGACAUCGGCUAUGACUCCUCCGACAAGGGCUUCGACUACAAGACCUGCAACGUCUUGGUUGCCAUCGAGCAGCAGUCGCCCGAUAUCGCCCAGGGUCUGCACUACGAGGAGGCCCUUGAGAAGCUCGGUGCUGGUGACCAGGGUAUCAUGUUCGGUUAUGCCACCGACGAGACCCCUGAGCUCCUCCCCCUCACCGUCCUCCUCUCCCACAAGCUCAACGCCGCCAUGACCGAGGCCCGCAAGAACGGAACCAUCCCCUGGCUCCGCCCCGACACCAAGACCCAGGUCACCGUCGAGUACGCCCACGACAACGGUGCUGUCAAGCCCGUCCGUGUGGACACCGUCGUCAUCUCCGCCCAGCACGCCGAUGAGGUCUCCACUGAGGAGCUCCGUACCGUCCUCAAGGAGAAGAUCAUCAAGCAGGUCAUCCCUGCCCACCUCCUGGACGACCGUACCGUCUACCACCUCCAGCCCUCCGGCCGCUUCGUCAUCGGUGGCCCCCAGGGUGAUGCCGGUCUCACCGGCCGUAAGAUCAUCGUCGACACCUACGGUGGCUGGGGUGCCCACGGUGGUGGUGCCUUCUCCGGCAAGGACUACUCCAAGGUCGACCGCUCGGCUGCCUACGUCGGCCGCUGGAUCGCCAAGUCCCUGAUCGCUGCCGGCCUCGCCCGCCGUGCCCUGGUCCAGCUCUCCUACGCGAUCGGUGUCGCUGAGCCCCUCUCCAUCUUCGUCGAGACCUACGGCACCUCCUCCAAGACCUCCGAUGAGCUCGUCCAGAUCAUCCGUGACAACUUCGACCUCCGUCCCGGUGUCAUUGUCAAGGAGCUUGACCUGGCCAAGCCCAUCUACUUCCAGACCGCCAAGAACGGUCACUUCACCAACCAGAACUUCUCCUGGGAGAAGCCCAAGGCCCUCAAGUACUAAGCGCGCCACGCGCUGCGGUCGUGGACCUGCUUCUCUUGUGAGUCAGUCUACGUUACGAAUGUAAUGAUUUUGCUUUGUUUUCAACAACUCAAAGCACAAGCAUAGACAUGUCAAAAGCAACUUUUAUGUUUGGAUGUUUGUUCAACUUUUUGCAUGGUCUCUGAGCAAGAGACGGGUUCGGCGAGGAUAAAUUCAACAUGAUACCACUUUUCAUAUCUAGGGAGGGUUGUUUCGGCGUUUUCGGGAGCGAAAGUAUUCAACACUGCCUCCUCCGGGCUCAGGACCGAUGGGAACCGCGAGUACUAUCUGCGCGGAGCGCGGCCACCGGGCGUGGUGGCCGGCUCUUACUACGCACUGGGCCUCGGAUGAUGUCUCCGAGAGGAGCGACACAUAGAUGGCGGCGAGGGGACGCCUCCUCUCGCCGUCAUGCCAGCUAAUCUAAACAUUAGCAUAUAGAUUAAUGAAUGCAUAUGAUGCAUAUUCCAA